AUGUACGAAAUUCUUAAUUGCAUAGUUUAUUCCUUCUUGUUCAUAUCCGGUCUGUAUUUCGCCGGUGGAAAGUUUCCAAGAGACCAUCCAGAAACAAUCAAGAGAAGAGUUGUCUCCGUGUUUGUGACAGGGGCCAUUUCCAUGACUCAUGUACUGACGUACAUACGUUACUAUGAUCAUCCUCCGUUUCAGUUAUCUUCAUAUGAAUUUGGAAAACUAUUUAUUAGACUGGACGGCUUGUUAGAAGCAGUUAUUAUAUCUGUCAUACUUACUUUGGUCAUGUACUUUGGAGUUGUCUUGGAUGAUAUAUGUAGUGGAGAUAUGUUAGUCAUACUUGAUGUUCAAUACUGGAAAGAUCGUAUAUUUAACUGGAUAAGUUUGAGAAAUUUUGUAAUAGCUCCUUUGGCUGAAGAACUUAUCUUCCGUGCAUGUGUUACAUUUCAUCUACUUCCUUUGUUCUCAUCGUGUGUUAUGCUUUGUUUCGUUAGUUCAUUAUUUUUCUCUCUAGCCCAUUUUCAUCAUGUUUUUGAAUCAGUGAAAAGUGGUCAGGAUCUGCAAUCUGCAUUUAAAACUUCACUUUUCCAAGUGUUUUACACAACUUUAUUUGGGAUGUAUUCUGGAUUUCUGAUGCUGAGAACUGGUAAUAUUGCUUCAAGUAUUGUUACACACUCCUUGUGUAACUUCUUCGGCUUACCAGAUUUAAUAGGUGCCAUCGAAAGAGCGAAAUAUCGUUGGGGUUUCUCUGGUCAAAUUUUCGCUAUUGGAUCUCAUCUUUUGGGGUUAUUUUUAUGGGCGUAUUUGUUAUAUCAAAUAACUGAAACAAAAUGGUCCUCAUCAAACAACUGUCAUUGUAAUUGGUAUUGAGAAUUUCCAUAUCCCUAUGAAUUAUUAUUUAUAGUAUCAAUAGGACUGUUAAACUUUUUAACUCUUCAAUUCGACUGAAAACUCUUAUCUUCUAUAUAAUUAUUAAAUAUUUAUAUAAUCCCGGUAAACAUACCAAAUUACGGUUCAUCGAAGGUACAAAUGUAAUAGAAAUUAAAACAGAUUUUUUAAAAAUUUCAAGGCCUCAUCUCAUAUUCGCAAUUGUAUUUAAAUUGUGUGCUGCUAAGUAUUUACUUGUACGUCAUUAGUUUAUUUGUUGUUUUAGAUUGUAAAUGUGCACCCUUCUAAGAUUUGUUAUAAUUAUAAAGAUUUUCUGAUUUUUCUGUUUUCAGUAUACGACCUUAUACGUAUAUUUUAACAAUACGCAGGUCAAAUACUUGUAUAUUAAUUACUGUUGGUGUCUUAUAAACCACUUAACUGGAUUCCUCAGGUGCAACGUAGACAUAUACUCAGCUGGAUGAAUUCCAGUAAUUUUGUCUUGUCAACUGUAGGUUUUAUAAUUAGUUGUCCUCUUUUCUGUGGAUCCAGCCUAAAUAUCACUAAAUCCAGGUGUAAAUGUUUUGGCUAUUUCCUGUCACGGAUAAUUUUUUCAUUAUCGGCUAAUAAAUGAGAUUUAUAUGCUUUACACAGUCACAUGAACGUAGUUUGUGAUGGAAAUUUCUCAAUUGCUGUCAUACAAAUACAGGGUUCUUAUAUUACAUAUAUCACCAACAAUAUCAACCUUAAUUCUUUUUCCUACUUGUACAAAGACUGGUUCGCAGUUCGCUUAUGGUGAACUUUUGCUAAACUAUUCUUAGUAAAUUUCCAUGUUACAUUAUUUGUCUCAAUUCGUUAGCCUAAUAAUGACAUGCACUCAUAAUUCAUAUUUGCACUUAAAACUUUUAAAGUUGUUCUUUCCUUCUCUGAUACCAUUGAAAUACUACCUUAUUAAUUAAGUGCUCCGGUUUUCGACUACAUGCAAUGGAAAGCUGGGAAGCUAGGUCGGGAAGUCUUUGUGUCAUACGAUAUUCAUAUAUGUUUAAAAUGAGUACUUAGGAAUAUCUUUGGACACAGCCAGUCCAAUUUAUUUUUCAUAAACAUCAGGCUCCCUUAGUAUCUUUACACUUAUUCAGGAGCUCUUUUUAGUUUGGUCUCUCUGUUUCUGGACAGAAUUUGUUAUUGAGAAGAGUAAGUCAGAAUUUUAACAAUUCCGUACACUGGACAAUAGUAUGAACCCACAGUUUUGUUAGUUUCGCUGUUGAUUUUCAGACAAUUCUAGAUGUUUUCAUCAAACCUAAGGCACGUGUGUAUAUUUCUAGAACUUUCACAACCAAUCUUGAUUUAUACGUUAUUCUUUCUGCUAAGUGAUGUGUGUGCAUCAUGUGUCAAAUAUAUAGGUCAGUAAUAAUCCACUUGAUCGAAAGUGACUACAAUGAAUAGUUUCAGAAACCCUCUUACUGAGUUUUCCACAAGUGUAACCCAGAUUAGUCAGCUUACUGACUUAUAAGUUUUAGAUCUUCGUCCCACAAUUGCGUUUGUCUGCUUACACAUGAUAUUGGGGGCGCGUUUACUA